GAAAUCUUUUUCCUUCAUCCCAAACUCAUUCUCUUCUAUUUCUUGAGGCUUCCUGCAGGAUUCUCAACUGAAUCUCUAGUCCCCAGACAUCAAGAUGUGGGCUUAUCCGAUCACCCUCCCACCACCGCUGCUCUAAAGAACCCGACCUCACAAAUCCUCUACGACGAAUACAAUCAUGAACGAUAUCCCCCCGGAGAUCCCAGCAAGCGAGCUUUUGCCUAUUUCGUCCUAACCGGCGGACGAUUCGUAUACGCCUCGUUACUCCGUCUGUUCAUUCUAAAGUUCGUGCUAAGCAUGUCGGCGAGCAAAGACGUCCUCGCCUUGGCUUCUCUAGAGGUUGACCUCUCCAGCAUCGAGCCAGGUUCAACGGUAACCGUGAAAUGGCGUGGAAAGCCGGUCUUCAUAAGGCGUCGAACCGAGAACGAUAUCAAGCUGGCUAACAGCGUGGAUGUCACUUCGCUGCGCGAUCCCGAGGAAGAUGUUGCGAGGGUGAAGAAUCCUGAGUGGCUUGUUGUGGUGGGUGUGUGCACUCAUCUGGGCUGCAUCCCUCUGCCUAAUGCUGGUGAUUUUGGUGGCUGGUUCUGCCCUUGCCAUGGAUCACAUUAUGAUAUUUCUGGGAGGAUUCGGAAGGGACCGGCGCCGUAUAAUUUGGAAGUUCCUACAUACACUUUCUUGGACGAGAACAAGUUGCUGAUUGGUUAAAUACUUGUUGAUCAUAUGAUGAAUUAUGAUAAAAAUCAAUUAUAUUGUAUGUUUUAUGCCUAAAAAAUGGCAGGAUUUUUUUUAAUCUUUUUGCUUAAUGACAUGUUUAUUUAUGUGGAAAUAAUUGU